CUUUUUGUUCCCGGGUGCGAAUGAGUGUCGUCGGUUCUUGAAGUCUCGGCUUGGCUUUGCUUUGCUUUCGCACACUGUACUGCUUCUUAAGAAGUGGAAAGUGAGCUGACCUGUUUCGCCUAACAUAUAAAACCCAGUGCCAUGAAAAGGGAAGGCACUGUGGUUCUUGAGCUCCAACUCUAGUUGUCUUGUCUCCCUCCACCGUUUCGCCAAUUGGUAGUGAUAAAUACAUUUAGUAAAGAAGAAGAGGACUUGUUGGGAGAUUUGAGCUCAUUUCUGUAGUUGGGUGUCAGCUACAUCCUUCGACUUCCUUAUCAAUCGGCAAUAUGGCUGAUGCAAGAUUGAGGACGUGGUUGUGUGUUAUACUGAGCAUACAGAUCUUGCUCAAGACUGAAGCCGUUAACGUUGGGAUUACAUAUGUCCAUAACGCUGUAGCCAAAGGAGCUGUGUGUUUGGAUGGUAGCCCUCCAGCUUACCACUUCGAUAAGGGAUUUGGUGCCGGCGCUAACAAUUGGUUUAUUCACUUUGAGGGAGGAGGAUGGUGCAACAACGUCACCACUUGCCUUGUUCGAAGGCAUACGCGGUUAGGUUCAUCGAAACACAUGGCCAACGAAGUUGCUUUCUCCGGUAUACUCAGCAAUAAACAAAAUUUCAAUCCAGACUUCUACAACUGGAACAGAAUCAAGGUCAGAUAUUGUGAUGGAGCUUCAUUUACCGGGGAUGUGGAAGCAGUCGACCCAGCCACUAACCUUCACUUCAGAGGAGCGAGGGCUUUUGUAGCAAUUAUUGAGGAUUUACUGUCGAAUGGGUUGAGUACUGCGCAAAAUGCUGUUCUUUCUGGAUGCUCAGCUGGUGGAUUGACUUCGAUACUGCAUUGUGAUAGAUUUCGAGCUCUCGUGCCUGCAAGUGCCAAAGUGAAAUGUCUUGCAGAUGCAGGCUAUUUUAUCAAUGCGAAGGAUGUUUCUGGAGCUCAACAUAUCGAAACUUUCUACAGUGAAGUGGUUGCAACACAUGGAUCAGCCAAGAAUCUACCAACUUCCUGCACAUCCAAAAUGAGACCAGGAUUGUGCUUCUUCCCUCAAAAUGUGGUUCAGCAAAUUCAGACCCCGUUAUUCCUUAUAAAUGCCGCCUAUGAUUCGUGGCAGAUUAAGAAUAUUUUGGCGCCCGGAGUGGCCGAUCCUCAUGGAACCUGGCACAGCUGCAAGCUUGAUAUUAAUAACUGCUCACCAGAUCAACUCAAAGUCAUGCAGGAUUUCAGGCUGCAGUUCAUAAAUGCACUGAGUGGAUUCGGAACCUCUCCAUCAAGAGGAAUGUUCAUUGAUGCUUGCUAUGCUCAUUGCCAAUCUGAGAUGCAAGAGACGUGGCUGAGGGACGACUCUCCUGUACUGGCAAAGACAUCGAUCGCAAAGGCAGUUGGAGACUGGUAUUACGACCGGAGUCCGUUCCAAAAGAUCGAUUGCGCUUAUCCCUGCAACCCCACUUGCCACAACCGUAUUUUUGAUCCCAAUGGACACACUGACGACAUUGCUCCUCAAUCAGAUGAACCGAGUCCCAGCAACCCGAGUCCAGCAUCUACAGGGAUGAAAAGCCCAAAAAUGCGACUUCUGAGUUGGUUGGUUUCUUUCUUAAUUUUCAGCAUCUACUCCGGAAUGAAUAACCUGCUCUAAAAUUACAGCAGUCUGAAAAUGGGAAGUUGUUCCUGGGGUCAUGCAAGGGGUCACAGCAAGCACACUGAUCUACAAUUCAAGUGCAUAAGGAGCGAAAGGAAUUUACUAAGAGUGACUUCCAAAGGUCAGCAGAGCCCAAUCAAGAGCAAGAUCACACACCUUACGAAAUGUGAAAGACACCCUUCUUGAACUUCUUUUGAUAACCUUGUCCAUUACUAUGUCAAUCUGCAAAACCACAUCAUCAAUAUCCAUUAGUACAAGCAUGUUCUCAUGCAUUACUGAGACAUACAGCUACUAUAUUUACAUUGUCUAGAAAUGCCAUGCCAUAUAUAGAAAUUGCAGAUACUCUAAA